AAAACCGAGAACGACAUUCAUAGCAAGCGCUGACUGACUGACUGACUUUUAACCCACUGUGAAAACGUCAAGUAACUGAAAGCCCCUCAGGAAAAACUUCCUGCGGUUUUGAGCUCGUGAAAAGUAAAACCAUUUUUUCCUAAACCCUGUAAAUAGUUGUAAAAUAGUAGUAGCGCAAACUGUUUUCUUCUUGAAUGGAUAAGCAACUCUUCUGAUGAUAUCGCACGAGGUAAAGUCCUACUUUGUAGAUACCAAAGAAAAACGUUCGAAAGGAGUCAAUAAUCCGAGCAAGGAUAGCAGCAGCAGCAGCAAAAUGGCACAUCAUAAACACCCAGGUGACUUGGAUUUCGAACAUAUGGAGAAGCUUGAUGUUGAGAGUUCAGCCAUCCAGCGCAAGCUUCAAAGCAAAGUCGAGGCGCUGAAGAUCAUGCGCAACGAGCUGGAAAAAUGUCGCACCGAACGGGAUCAGUUCAAGCUGAUGGCCGAAACGCUCCAGAUGCGAUACUCUGCGAUCAAGAACAGCGUCAGCAAUCCGGAAGUUCAAUCGGGCAACUUCGGCCACGGAUCGGCCGUUAAUUUGUUGAUGAAUCAAACAAGGGAACGAAAUAUGACGUUGAGUACCGAAGUCGAAGCGCUGCGAUUGAGAGUUCAUGAGCUGGAAGGCGACAUCAAGGUGUUGCGAACGAGGAACACCGAGUUGCAAAGUGUGUACGAUCGAUUCCAGAGCGCGGAGCAUACAAAACGCUCUCAGAGGCACGCUCAACAGUGGCAACAGGAGAAAUCGAUACUGAUUUCGCAAAUGGAGUGUCUCAAGAAGAAGAAUGCCCAGCUGCAGUACGAUUUCCGAUCGAUUUUGGAUGAAAAAGAGGAUGUGGUGCUGGAGAGGGAUGCGUACAAGUGCAAGGCUCACCGACUGAAUCACGAGCUUGGGGUAAUGUUGAAGGGCGAUGAAGUGCAGCAGCAGAUUCUAGACCUCGAUGGGUUAAUAUUGGAGAAUAAAUAUCAGCAGGAGAGGAUCGCCAAUUUGGAAAGCGAACUGGAGAUGGCCAAGCAAUCUGCCGGCAAGUAUAAGACUAUGCUAGAAUCGAAUCGGAGAAAGGGAAUCAUCAAACUGGGAUCCGGUAAUACUAAGGCCGUUAUGUCCCACUCGCAAGUGAAAGAUCUCCUGGAACGGGGCACCAUGGACGAGCUGCCCCUCAAGGCGGCCACCAUUUCCGAGCUCAAAUCUCUCUGCCUGGCGCUGCUGGACAACGUCAACGACAAAAGCCUUGCUCUGUCUCACCAGAAAAAGACCAACAAGUUAUUAGCAACAAAAAUAAAUGAGUUAGAACGGCGUAUCCACUCGUUGGCCGGAACUUCUGGGGCCGGUUUGCCCAAUUUAUCACCCUCCCAGGCGCUUCUCAAUGGUUAUUCCUCGGCAACGGUCGAUUUGGAUCUGAACCAGGAGCUCAAACAACUGAAAGCCAUGACCAUGCUCGAUCAAUCGGACAGCGGCCCAAUUGACAAAGUAGGCGGCGAAGGCGCAAGCUCCAACACAUCGCAGGGCCUACUGACCGAAUUACUGUCGUCCGAAUCGAACAAAAGCCUACCGAGUUGCUCGGAACUGGGUGACCGUGAGUAUCGCAAUGGCCAUGACGGAUCUUCUUCCGAGUCCACCUCCAAUGGGGAACCGAUGAUGGUGCUGCCGAUCCACAACAAUGAAGCCCCGAAACAAGCCGAGCUGACCGAAUUACCACCGGAGCUGGCCGAUCUCGUCCGACAGUACAUGAACAACAACGACAUGCACGAGGAGAUGACGACGAGCUGUCAACCGAAGACCACCAACAGCAGCAGCAACCACGACGCUAAUUGAAACCGGAAGUAACCGGCCGGUGGCCCGAAAAAUGCGGCACAGAAUUGAAUCGAGCGAUAUAUCUACCUACCGACAGUUUGUACAGCAAGUAAGAGAAGAGGCAGCAUCCAACCGGACAAAGGAGAGGACGGAAUCAGUUAGCACCUGACUUCAAGCGAAAAGGUGCCGGACAAUUGCUUACGUAUGUUUUGCACACACUGCUUAACACAAAAACCUACGGAUUUCGAACUUCCCGAUUUAUCACACACUUUACUUACCUACUUAUAGAGUCUGGUAGGUACGAAAAAUGUCUCUAAAACCUUCGCCGACGAUAUAGGGGAUAUAAAAUUGCCAUUUUGGCAUACUUACAUACAUAGAGCAGCUGACGGGUGGCAUUGUUGUAAAAAUAUUAAAUACUAUUUAUGGUGGAAAGAUAAUAAAUCU